CAUGCGCACUGCUCUUCUCACAUAAAUCAGCAGUCUGAGCGGCUGAAGAACUUUGAUCACAAACAUACUGUAUGUAUCAUUGAUCACCAACAGUGUAUCAUUUACUGUAUCAGAUUCAGUGAGUGUGUUACAUUAUAUCCGCGCUCAGUGUGUGUGUGUGUGUGUCGUGUUAAAGCAGAAGUUCUUCAGAGUUCGGGGUGAGUUUGAGUUCAUAAACCCGCUGUUGUGACUCUGGACUGUCCGGGUCGGUGGUUCCGUGUGUUCUGGAUGAGUUUGUAAUCGGUUCACGAUGAGUUUGUGUCCAGUGAAUCCGCUGCUCCGGUUUUGUGUUUGUGGUUGUGAGUGUUUGAGUCUCUGAAGGGUUCGGGAUGAGUCUGGGCCCGGUGAAUCCUCUGCUGUGGUUCCGGGUGUGUGAUGAGGGGGAUCUGGAGAGCGCCCGGCGGGUUCUGGAGGAUCCGGGCGGGUUCGCUCAUGUGGACGGGACGGAUGAGGAGGGAAACACGGCGCUCAUGUUCGCGGCGGCCGGUGGACACGAGCAGCUGGUUCGGUUCUUACUGAGAAAAGGCGCUUCAGUGGACCGACGGAACCAUUACGGAUGGACUCCACUCAUGCAGGCGAGCAGGUUCGGUCAUCUGAACGUGGCUCAUAUCCUGCUGGAGAACGGCGCUGAGAUCAAUGGCAGGAACCGUAUGGGCGCCAGCGUCCUCACCAUGGCCGCUCGUGGCGGUCACAGUCAUAUGAUCAAACUCCUCCUGGAGAACGGCGCCUUCGUGGACGACUUUGAUCACCUCGCCACGGCCGAGGGAAACGCCAGCACCAACAAUAACACCAUCCACGGCGACAACGGGAAGAAGUUUCUGGAGAUCACGUCUCUGCUGGCCGCUGCACAGCACGGACAUGAGGCCGUGGUUAGACUGCUGCUGGAAUGGGGCGCCGAUGUGAACUUCUGUCAGAAGACGACGGGCUGGAGCGCGCUGAUGCUGGCGGCCGCCGGCGGGAGAGUGAAUGUGACGCAGCAGCUGGUGGAGCGAGGAGCAGAUCCCGAUCAUCUCAAUGUCCUGGGGAAGACGGCGUUUGAGGUGGCGCUUCAGCUGCAACACAAAGAUGUGAAGAACUAUCUUGACUCCAUCACUACCGUUAGGCCACAGCCAGAUGAUGAGAAGAAACGGCCGGAUAUUUUUCACGCGUUGAAAUUAGGUAACGCUCAGCUGGUGAAGGAGAUGGUGGAGGAGGACUUGUCGCAGGUGAAUGUGUCAAACGCAGAUGGCGCGUCUCCUCUGAUGAUGGCGGCGGUCAGCGGGCAGCUGGAGGUCGUGCAGCUGCUGGUGGAGAAACACGCAGACAUGAACAAACAGGACUCAGUUCACGGCUGGACCGCACUGAUGCAGGCCACCUAUCACGGGAAUAAAGACGUGGUGAAGUUUCUCUUGAAUCAGGGAGCUGAUGUGAAUCUGAAGGCCAAGAACGGAUACACGGCCUUUGACCUCGUCAUGCUCCUAAAUGACCCCGACACUGAGCUGGUGCGUCUGUUGGCAUCUGUGUGUAUGCUGGUGGAUAAAGAGAAGAAUAAACAGCAGAGAGGGAAGUCAGCUGUGAAGAGAUGCCCGUCUGUAAAUGUACCACCUCCUCCUGAUGAUAGAGGCGGCCUGAAGUCGUGGUGGAACCGAAUGUCCAAUCGCUUCCGCAGACUGAAGUUAACUCACACGCUGAGACACGGACUCUCCACCAAUCGGCUCGCUCCGUUCCCUGAUGACCCGGAAGUCCCUCUAGACGCCACUAUGAAAGCAGAGGACAGCGCUAAAGCGGAACCCAAGACACCUCCAAACGCUGACAUCUGCACUGCUUGGACCAGCGAGAGUAAAGACAGCGGUCUGAGUGGAACAGGAAGUGGAAAAGAUGAUUUCCUCAUCACAACAAUGUUGAGGAAUGGAGCUCCGCUCGCUCGUUUGCCCAAUGAGAAGCUGAAGGCCGUGAUCCCGCCCUUCUUACCGCCGUCAAACUUUGAGCCGUGGAACUCGGAGCGCUCAGGAGUGAUGAAGGACGGUCGCAGCAGGCACAUGCCACAGAGACCCAACAGAAGCAGCUGUGCCAACUCAGAUAUAACGUCCAUUAGUCGAGUUGUCAGCAGGUCCAUCAAGUUUCCCUCCAUCACUAAAGGCCCCUCCCCCUCAAACUCUGGCAGUUAUAACUCCGCCCACUCAUCAGGCGGUUCUAAUGGUGUGGGAGGAGUCAACCGCCACGCCUCCGACUCACACAACCGCUCAGGUGGCAGUGCUGCGGACAGCAUUCUGUCUCAGAUUGCUGCUCAAAGGAAAAGAGCUGCAGGUCUGUUAGACAGUAAAACACCUGCUGCAGAGACGCCCAGUACUGUGCCAACACCACUGCCAACUGUGCCCGAUGCCAGCCUUCCUGAGAGCCACAGCGAUGCCCACAACAGACAGGUAACCAGCACAUUAGUGUGCAUGUGUGUGAGUGAUGGGCUUGACCUCAAUGUGUGUGUGUGUGUGUCUCAGAAAGCGGACGUGAAGAAGAGACCUCAGUCAGGAAACUCGUCCACCUCUAAGAGCACGUCACCCACCCUCACGCCCUCUCCAUCACCCACCCCGAAACCUCUGGCUGCAGACUCUCUCUCGUCCGCCUCCACACAGCACCGAUCCAAGAGCAGUGGCGGAUCCAGCAGCGGAACCAUCACAGACGAGGAUGAGUUGUCUGGGAUUUUGAGGAAACUUUCACUGGAGAAAUAUCAGCCCAUCUUUGAAGAGCAGGAGGUGGACAUGGAGGCGUUUUUGACUCUGACGGAUGGAGAUUUGAAGGAACUGGGAAUAAAAACAGAUGGACCGAGACAGCAGAUACUGGCGGCCAUCUCUGAACUCAAUGCUGGCAAAGGAAGAGAACGGCAGAUCUUACAGGAGACCAUUCAUAACUUCCAGUCGUCGUUUGGCAGCAGUGCCAGUAACCCUCGACCUGCCGGAUAUCCACACUCUCCGUCAGGGUGGAGCAGACAUCAGGUGCAGUCGGCAAACAGGAGGUAACGCACACACACACACCGCAUGAGGAUCUGUACUGUGUCAGAACAUGUGAGUGACACCCAGUGUGUGAAGAGUCAAUCCAGUGCUGACGCUCAUAUCAAACACAGCUGAUCAGACGACUGUUAGUGCUGCUGGAUGUGCAACCGAACAUUUGUCUGCAGUGAGAACAGAUGUUACAUACACCUGCCGUACAUCAGGGGGCGCUACGACACCACCAGACUCAUGUUCAUCAGUGAGGUCACUCGGGUCACAAGUGUUCAUAUGAUCCAGGUCCUGACUGUGGAUGUUGGAGGACAAAUUAAAUUCCUGACUCACAAGUUACAUGAAUGUUUAAAGAUUUAAUGAGUGAAUCAUCAUCAUAAUGUUUGAAGAGUAGAAAGAUGAUCAUGUGUGUCAUUUCUCUAAUUUCUGCAUCAUCUGUGUCUCUUGAGAGCGAUGAGGCCGUUUAAACACACAAACUGUCCCGGACUGAUGAAGAAACAAGGGAAUUCUGGGAGAUUAAGUUUAUCUGCUUAUUCUAUUAUUUUAUAAUCUCUCAUCAUUACUAUACUGAUUAAGGAUUUUUUAUUAUUAUUAUUAUUACAUUAAGGGUAUUAAUACAUUUUUGUAUUUAUGGGGAGUGUUUCAGCACAGUAUUAUUCUGUUGUAGCUUCCAAGUGUUUCACUGAUCAGAUGUCUCCGUGAAAUAAAAGUCUG